UGUCUCGGAGCUAUUGAGUGGCCGAUAGCUUGAACCCGUUGACAUAACCUUGGUCGGCGGUCAGCGCGUCGCGGACCACCGGUGGAUCCCCGGUAUAUAAGCGCCCAGCCACCGGACCCGGCGACACUACACGCAUCGCCAGUUUUGGGGGCCGUGGUGACUACCGCCUCACAAUGAAAAUGUUCGUGGUAAUACUUGCGGUGGCAGGGCUCGCAUCAGCCGAUAUUGGUCUCGGCUACCAUUAUAGCCCGCCCAAAAUACAGACAUCGUAUGGCACCCCAUCAUACAGCAUUUCGAGCGGCAACGGUGGCUUUAACACUGGCUACACAGGUCAGACGUCUGCGUCAAACGUGUACCAAACCUCUGCGGGCUUGCAGAAUGGAUACCCAAGCCAAGUUCAGACCGCAGGUGCUGGAUAUCAAGGCAACGUUUUUCAGUCAGGCACGGGUUACCAAACUGGUACCGGAUAUCAUUCAGGAAGUGGUUACCAGACUGGCUCGGGCUACCAGACUGAUAACACUAGAUAUCAAACUGGCGGAAACUAUGCUGGGGCAGAUUCUACUAGAAACCAGUAUCAAACUAGUGGAUCAUUUGGAACAAGUGGGUCGCUCCAAGGUAUUCAGGGCCUCAAUCAGUACCAAUCGUCAAGCCAAUACCAGACUAACACAGGGAGUUACCAACAAUACCAUAGUCAAGUACAACACCAAGCACCUCAAAUCUUCAAGCACUUUUAUGUUCACGCUGCCCCUGAAGAAACAGAGUUACCCAGACCCCGUCAGCCAGUGGUCCUGCCUGCACCUCAAAAACAUUACAAGAUCAUCUUCAUCAAGACGCCAGCCCCUGCUGUCGGGUCUACACAAUUUGUACCCGUGCAACAACAAAACGAAGAGAAAACUAUUGUAUACGUUCUAGUUAAAAAUCCAGAGGUAGCUGAUGACAUUGUUGUCCCGAAAAUUGAACAGAAGCCACCAUCUAAACCAGAGGUAUUCUUCAUCAAAUAUAAGGGCAAAGAAGACAGCCAGGCUGUAAUCAACAACAUCGUCAAUGAGUAUAACAGUGGGAAAGAGUCUGUCAAUGUCGCGGGUGCGUUCCAUUCUGGCGGUACUCUAGAUUCGAUCGCAGAUGUCAAAUAUGUACCGCAAUCAGUGGUAACUUCUCAAUCGACACAACAAUCUCAGUACGAAACCAGCGGUGGACCUGUAGGUCAAUCAUCAGGAUCCUAUGAGAGUAGCUCAUCAGGUUCCCGAUUUCAAUCCUUUGGAACUAGCUCCGUGGGUUACCCAUCAUCUACUGCGGGUUACCAAGGAUCGACUGCUGCCCCAAUCCAGAUCGGUUCAGGUACCGGAGGGUACGACAGCAGCAGCGGCGCGUUCUCGUCCACGAUAUCCCCUGCGGGCGGCCAGAGCGUGAUCUCUUCCCAACAGGGUAUUCCUCAUGAAACUUAUGGGACACCGAAAUUUAGCAACAAUUAACAAACUAAACAAACCAUUAAACUGAUAUAAAAAAACUUGUGUAUUUCAUUUUUAACUUAAUUUACUAUUUGCAAUGUGUCAUGUGAAGAUUAUCCUAUAAUUUAUUUCUUAUCACACGAAAAUAACAUAUAUGAAGGUAGAUAUUCCUUAUAACGUAUCUUAGACCAUACAGUGUGUUGUAUCGUUCAAAUCGAAUAGGGGUCUAAGUCUAGGGGAAGAAGGUUUCCGUAGCCAAAUGGCAAAAAACGGAACCCUUAUAGAUUCGUCAUGUCCGUCUGUCUGACCGUUUAUGUCACAGACACUUAUUUCCGAAACUAUAAGCACUAUACUGUUCAAACUUGGUAAGUAGAUGUAUAAGAUGUAUUCUAUGAACGGCUUUAAGAUUUUUACACAAUAGAAAAAAAAAACAAUAAAUUUUGGGGGUUCCCCAUACUUAGAACUGAAACUCAAAAAUUUUUUUUUCAUCAAACCCAUACGUGUGGGGUAUCUAUGAAUAGGUCUUCAAAAAUGAUAUUGAGCUUUUUAAUAUCAUUUUUUUCUAAACUGAAUAGUUUGCGCGAGAGACACUUCCAAAGUGGAAAAAUGUGCCCC